AUGGGAGAAAAAAGGAAGAUUGAGGUAUCCUCAAGAUCCGAUAAGAAAGGAAGAUUCUCGAAGUCCAACCCGAACGAUCAAAAGUAUGGGGGUAGUGGUGGAGCCAAGUGGUGUCAGAAGUGCAAGAAGAAGCAUUGUGGGAGAUACGACGGAAAGGUAACUUGUUAUAAAUGUGGGAGGAUCGGUCACUAUUCUAAGGAUUAUACGUUUAAUGAUAAGGUAUGCUACAAAUGUGGAAACAAGGGGCAUAUGUCAAAAGAUUUCCCGAAGAAAAAUGAAGCAGCAAGACCGAAUACGCCACCGAAGCCAAAUGCAAGAGCAUUCUAG